AUGGAGGCCCCUGAAUCUAAGUUAAAAACCAAGUUAUUACAACUGCAAAUGACCGUGAGUAGAACUGAGAAAAUACUUCAGACAGAGAGCCAACACCCUAUAGCACGUCAACAAACGGCACUUGAGACAAUAACAACCGAGAUAGAAUUACUGAAGGGAGAAGUCGAAGCGAAGAAAAUUACAGACAAAGAAGAUCCUGACGAGAUAGAGAAAUGGAUUGGGGAAAUUGAAGUACAGCUAGCGAAGGCAGACGACAAAGUUAAGCGACUACAACAAUGGCAAGAUCAAAUCACAAGCGAAGGGAAACAACGCGAGCGAGAAGAACAAUUACACCACGAACGCGAACUUUAUGAGGCGAAAAUAAAACUGAAAUCUGAAUUAAAACUUUCAAGUGAAAACGUCGGCGCCAAAGACGAGGUACAAGCGAAACUACCUAAGUUAACAAUUACUAAGUUUAACGGGACAUACCAAGAUUGGACAAGAUUUUGGAAUCAGUUCAGUGAGACAAUCGAUAAAAGCGGAAUUCCAAGCGUUACAAAAUUCGCUUACUUACGCGAAUUACUCGACACAAACGUAAGAAAGACGGUAGAAGCUCUACCGUUCACUGGUGAGGGCUAUGUCAGAGCCAAAACUAUACUAGAAGAGAAAUAUGGGAAAAAAUGCGAAAUUAUAAAGGCAUAUACGAAGCAAAUUCUCGAACUUCCGGUGAUACCAAAUGUAAACAUUAAGAAAAUUCACGAGUUUUAUGACACUUUGAUGUAUGCCGUGCAGUCUUUGGAAACUAUGGGAUGUUUGCAGCAAGUUAAUGGAAAUGUGGCUUUAACACUCGAAAAAUUACCGGGAAUUCGUGGUGAUCUUAUAAGAACCGACCCGGAUUGGGAAAGUUGGGAUUUUGUCAAAUUUGUCGAAGCCCUACAUCUUUGGACGCGAAGAAAUCCAAUCGAACAGUCGAAUGAAACCAGAUCCCGGGAUCGUGAGUACCGUCGGCCACCUCCCCCUGGAAAAUUGUAUCACGCACGUGACCAAGUCCAACAAAGGGGGUGCGUGUAUUGCAAAGAAAAAAAUCAUAAAUCAAGUGAGUGCUCAAAGGUGACAACUGUUUCGGAGCGGAGACAGAUACUAGCAAAACACCGUCUAUGUUUUAACUGCACUGGAGAAAACCACAGGGCUGCUGAGUGUCCAAGUAAGAGAAGUUGCCAACAUUGCGAUCGACGUCAUCACACAUCCAUCUGUGACCGGACUGGGGAACCAGCAGGAAGUUCCAGGGGGGACGGUGGUAGUAAAAAACUUUACACCAUAAACCAAUCGAGUGAAGGUGUUUUUCUUGUUGUGAACGUGUGUGUAAACGGAAUUUUAUGCAGAGCUUUGAUAGACUCUGGAACGGGAAGUUCCUACUCAGAAUAA